AUGGAUAAACUAACAGGUGCAUUAGCACAACCAACUGAAAUCGUGUUUCCAAGAAACAAUCAGCCAACCCGCCGACGACUUCUGAUUCGUAACAGGACCAGAUGUGAUUAUGCCGUAAAGAUUCGCGGUAAUAGUCCAUUCAUAAUAAUCGAGCCAGCACAAGGAUUUUUGCGUGCUGGAUGUACACAGCCGAUCUAUGUGACAUUCGAUGGAACACAACGUUCGAUCAUCAAAAAUUCACCACAAUUGUUACAAGUUUUCUGUCGACCUGUAUCCCAAUGCACCGAGAAAAUUUGUCGUCGAUGGUUCCGUUUGCCAGUUGAAAACAAUCCGCAAACGAUCCAGCAGUUGGCACAAACACUCGAUGUUUGCCAGAGUGACGGCUUUGUUGCGUUCGAUGUACGUUCGAUUGGUUUUGGUUUAUCACUUUUGAAAACACUACUCGAUUUACCGUGCCACGCACUCCCGAUUCAGUCUGAGCCAUUUCCGACGUUGUACGCAGACGAUUCGGAUACCAAAACCGCACGUGCCAUUGACUGCGACACGGAAACAGCUUGGGGUAUAUCGAAGAAUGACAUAAUGAUAUUGCUACCGCCAAAUAUUCAAGCAAAUUCAGCGCGUAAUCCGUUAGAUGAUAUGCCUGUUCGAACGGCUCAUGACAUCAACGAUGCUCAUCUUAAAACAGCAAAAGCAGUCAACAAUAACACUAGUUGCUAUUGGUUUAGUAAGCUUAUGGAUCGAGUAUUUCCACUCGGAAAUGGCCACGAGUCUAUACCGCCUUGUGGUGCGGGUCAAUAG